AUGCAUCGGCUGCGUUGUGUUGUAAGCUUUGACGGAGCUGAGCGGAAAGACGGGAGACCCUGGGGGCCCUUCACGCAGCAGUUUUCGGUCAUGCGGCUCGCUCGUGCCUAUCACGACUUCCAGGUUCACCUCGACCCUGCUUUGGAGCCGUCCAAGAUGACGGGAGAAGAAACUUUCGUGUUCGGCCUGCACCCUCACGGCGUCCUCUCGGACUACCGCAUCCUUCUCGACGGCGUCACGGCAGAGAAUUUCCCGAAGCUGAGGUCAUGGCGAGCGCUAGCGGCGUCGGUUCUGUUUAAGUUCCCAGUGUGUCGAGAGCUUACGCUGUGGAGCCACUGUAUCGAUGCCGGGAGAGCAACGGCGCAGUACGCCUUGGGCCGUGGCCACAGCCUCUUCAUCGUGGUUGGGGGGGAACAUGAACAGAUCCUGGGAGAAUUUGGAAAGGAGGUGGUGUACCUGAAGAACAGGAUGGGCUUCGUCAAGCUCGCUCUUCGGAACGCCGUGCCUCUAGUACCGGCGUACGUGUUCGGGGCGAACGAUACAUUCAGAACGUCUAACUUCCUGCGGAAAACGAGACUGGCCAUCGUUAAGAGCCUAAGGAUCGCCCUCCCGUUGUUCUGGGGGCGGUUCGGUCUGCCGAUCCCCCGCGAGGUGCCUGUUCGGGUCGUGUUCGGCGCACCGCUCUCGUUCAUGCCAAGCGGCGGCAGCGAUGGCACUUGCCCCGCGGGCGAUGCCGCCGCUGCUGCUGCUGCUACCCCCGUCGCCACGUCGAAGACCGACGAAGCCAACAGCAGGAAGGCUGGCGAGCCGGGCGCGGCCAAGGUGGGGGGCUUGAGGGAGGUCAGCGACGAGGACGUGAGGAAGGCGCACGGAGAGUACGUGUCGGCGCUGAGAAAGCUGUUCGAUGACAACAAGGCUAGGUUCGGUUACGCCGACCGGGAAUUGGUCGUGUUGUGACAUGGGCGCAGCCUGCCGCUACGCGACGCGACGCCCCGAUCGAUCGGUGAACUGUUGUGGACUUUGUGACGGGACGGCAGCCACCAUGAAAAAUGGAAGCCACGCCUGUUGUUUUAAUGUAGAUAGGUGUUGCCUCGGCACACCAGUCGCCAACCGGCGUCGUCACGAUGCUGGAGCGUGUGCUUUGUGGC